GUGUUUUGUGUGUAUGUCUUGGCAUCUCCAAUGGCUGCCCAUUGCCCAAAACAUGGGGAGCAUGAAGGCGUUGAAAUGAGAAAUGAAAUUGGGUUAACAACUUCAACAUUGAAAGGGUCAGCGGAGCUCCCUCAUGUCUCGGAGGGUGGGUUGAUGGAUGUUCACAAAUUGGGGUUGUGAGUGAUUUGCAGCACCACCACCACCACCCACAACCACCACCAUGCACCUCCCGCCGUGCGCAUUUCACGCUUCCCUUAAAUUGUCAAUCAGUUUUAAUUCGUUCCCAUCCCAAUUAAUUAAAUAACCCCCUCUUCAUCCUCCUUUUUCUCUCUCUCUUUCCUUCUUAUACCCAUCCCCCCUUAUCCCCGCCAUUCCUUUCUUAAUUUCUUUCCUUAGUACUUUACCCUUCAAUCAACAUGCUUUCAUGAUCCAGGCUCUGCUAAAACUUCUGAGCAGACAAUUAGCUCCAUAUCUAUGGCAACAAAAGCAAAGGAUGGUCAUGGUACUCUCGGGAAGGAGAAGGCAAGGGGUACAUCUCCAUCAAAUUCCCAUUUAUCAGAUACCACUCCCCGCAAAAGGAGUCCCAAGAACUCCCGGUCAGGUUCUCCUGCAGAUAAACCAACUCCAAACUAUCUCAAGCCAACCAUAAGCUCGCAACUUGACUCCUGCAAGCAUGGGAAGAAACCUGUCUCUCCAGACACCGCCUCGAGGCCCACUCUUAAUCGAAGAAAAUCUUUCGACAAGUCUCCCUUGACGUCGGGAGUCCAAAAAGCAGUUGUCUCUCAAACUCCUAAAGACAGAACAUUUCGAUCCUUGCCCAUUUCAUCUAGAAACACUGCUUCGCCAAAAUCUAGUGUUUCAGAGAGGCUCUCAAAACCGUCAUCCACGGGUGGAAAAUCACAGGCAGCAGCUGCUAAACCAAAGAGUACUCUGAAGAAGAGCAGUAGCCCUGUCAGGAAGGAGCCCAAUACCAAUGCUGCGGCAGACAGAGUUCCCAAUAGUCUCCCUCAUGAUGUGACUGAUAACGUUCCAAACGUUGAGUCUGAGCACGAAGAUCAAGAAGCAUUGGUUUAUGCAGUUGAGGAAGAGAUAGCACACGUUGGGAGGAAAGAAGUGUUAUCUGAAGUUACAGCAUUGGAAAACAAUGAACAUGCUGAUCAUGUCAAUGGUGAACAACCCAGGAACGCCGAUGAGGAGAUCAUAGUGCAGCCUUCUGACCCUGCAUCAGUUUCAAAAGAACAGACCAGUGCAUCUCAAGAUGCUGGGAUAGAAGAGGCUAAAGAGAAAACAAAUGGUGGAGAAACUGUUAGUCCACAUGAAGUAGAAGAGAACAACACCAAAGACGAAGCCGAUGAGAAUCACGCGGAAGAGAGUUUUGCUGAGGAACCUCAGGCUGAGGCAGGGGACAAAGCAGAAGACGUUGCAACUGAAGAUCUCAAUGCUGAAAACGGUGAAAAGGAAGUCUCCGUUGAAGAGUCCGGAGCAGAAAAUAAGCUUGGAGAAUCAAGUUCCCAACAGCGCGAAACUUUGGGUGAGAAGGAAGAGGUGGAUGAAGGAUUAACUGAAAGGCUAAAGUUCAAGGCAAGGGAAGAAGUGGAAGGCGGGGCUGGAGAGGCAAAGGCAGAGGCAGAGAACGUUGUGCUGAAGCGCCAGGGAGCUCAAGGGAAGAAGGAUUCUCCAGCAUACAAUGACGUGAUCGAGGAAACAGCAGGUAAGCUCCUGGAGAAGAGGAGGAACAAGGUGAAGGCGCUGGUUGGGGCCUUCGAGACUGUCAUAUCCUUGCAGGAGCCCGAGGCUUGACACAAUUGCUGCCUCAACCCAGAUGAGACUAGUUGAUCAGAAGAGAGCGCCAUUUCCUUCUCCUAAACCAGUUCAUGGAUCGUGAACUUUGUUCAGUUUCAUUAGCUCUCUGUCAAAUUGAAAGUUCAUGAAGCCUUAGGAGGAGGAGGAAGAACUUUCAUUUCUAAUACGCAAUUGAAGUAUGGAUUCUUUUGUAUUUAUAAAUUUGUGAAAUAAGAAACAUAGGUUUCUUUUUCUUGCA